UGUUCAACAGGACUUGGCAGCUCCCUGUGCUUACAUUCCAUCAGCAUGCAAGUGUCCCUUGGCCUCAGCUUCUUCCUGGCUUUCCUGGACCCAGGGACCUCCCUUCAGUGUGAGGUUUGUCACAGCAUAGGAAAAAGCUGCUCUGGCUCCAUGAAAACCUGUAGUGGUGGUGAAGAUACCUGCGGCAUCAUUCUGCAUGAGGUCGUGAUAGGGGGGAUGGCAAUCCCUUCGUCCAUCAAGUCCUGCUUGCCAUCCAACAUCUGCAAUCUUGGCCCUAUCACCAUGAACUAUGGGAAGGUAAAAGCAAGGAGCCACUUGGCUUGCUGCACGGGCCACAGCUGUCAAACAAUCUCUGUCUCGUUGCCACCAGAGGACAAUGUCCCCAAUGGAUACCAGUGUCCUGCCUGCUACAGCGUGGACUCCUUCCAGUGUGGUAAUGACAUUGUAAACUGCACUGGAUCUGAAACCCAGUGUGUUGACCUUGCUGGCUUAAUGAAUUCUGGUGGACUGUCUCUGAAAGCUGCCAUGAAGGGUUGCACCACCAUUUCUGAAUGCAAUAUGGUAGGAGAUGGAAAAAACAACCUGGGGAUGAUGGACAUAAAGUUAAGGCGGUUCCAAUGCAAACCAGCUUCUACUUUGGCCAGACUGAGUUCUGGGUUUGCCCCUCCAGACACCCUCUUCUUCCCUGUCCUGUCAGGAUUCAUCUUGGUGAAAGUAUUUUUCUGA